AUGGAGCAUGAUAUUCAGACUAAUCUUGAUAUUCUACGUGGAUUUUCUGAUUCGGAUCUUACAUGCAGAGGUGAAGCAUUGUUGAGACUACCGUGUUUUAAUGGUCAUUUUUAUGAAUUUGAAAACAUUGAGGAAGAGAAGAUUUUCUUGAUUGUCAUUCUACCCAUGGGUUUGCGGAGAUAUCAAGUACUGAAGCGAACCCAUGAUAUUAGCGAGGACGCUCUUAUACCAUGGAAAAAGAUGAGAUCAGUCUUCGUGGAGGAUAAUUUCCUAUCGGUCGAACAUGUUCAGAAAACCUCGUCAGAUGGCAGAAAUAAGGUGGUGACAACAAGCUGGCUUUGCCCAUCCCAUUGGCACGCUACGAACUUGUGUGCCGAGGUCAUUCACCAGCGUCUUUGGCACUUGUCUGAACUCAAGAAAGAUGAGGGUCCCUAUAAGUUAGACGAUAGCCCAGUAGAAGCGCGCUUAUGCCGAGCCUUCGAAUUAUCACGGUGGUUAGCAAAACACUACCCGAGCAAGCCGAGUCGGUGGACGCCAACACGCCUUGUUGGCGGUAGCAGCGGUGGCGACGGCAGCGAAGGAGUUGAUGAGAAGACGCCACGGACGCGUCGACGCGACGCCCGCCGCGCAGCCCACCGCAGCCAGAAGGGAUCACGCCUCACGCAGAAGGAGGCUUUGAAGGCCAGUGAAGAUUCUGCCCACUGGUCAGCUUCCCGAAUCGCCAGCCAAUUUCUCCACAUUACUGGAGUCGAGGCGAAAAGUUAG